GGUGGAAAGUGUCCGGACUGGAAGGGGGGGAAGUGUCCGGACUGGAAGGGGGGGAAAGUGUCCGGACUGGAAGGGGGGUGAAAGUGUCCGGACUGGAAGGGGGUGAAAGUGUCCGGACUGGAAGGGGGGGAAGUGUCCGGACUGGAAGGGGGGGAAGCGUCCGGACUGGAAGGGGGGGAAAGCGUCCGGACUGGAAGGGGGGUGAAAGCGUCCGGACUGGAAGGGGGGGAAAGUGUCCGGACUGGAAGGGGGGGGAAAGUGUCCGGACUGGAAGGGGGGGUGGGACUGGAAGGGGGGAUGAAAGUGUCCGGACUGGAAGGGGGUGAAAGUGUCCGGACUGGAAGGGGGGAAGUGUCCGGACUGGAAGGGGGGAAAGCGUCCGGACUGGAAGGGGGGAAAAGCGUCCGGACUGGAAGGGGGGGGAAAGCGUCCGGACAGGAAGGGGGGGGAAAGCGUCCGGGACUGGAAGGGGGGGAAGUGUCCGGAACUGGAAGGGGGGGAAAGUGUCCGGACUGGAAGGGGGGGGGAAAGCGUCCGGACUGGAAGGGGGGGAAAGCGUCCGGA